AUGGCUGCAGUGGGGGACACUAACAGAGGUGAGGGGCGCUUCUACACCAACGCAGAGGACUACUGGAGAGAUGUGCCCCCCACAGUGGAUGGCAUGCUGGGAGGAUGCAGCAUCUCCAGCAUCGACAUCAACGGCUCCAAAGCUUUCCUGAAGAAGUUCCUGGGUGAAGGUGAGGGGAAGACCGGGGCGACCUGUGCUCUGGACUGUGGCGCCGGCAUCGGGAGGAUCACCAAGCGUUUGCUGCUGCCUCUGUUCAAAACCGUGGACCUGGUGGACGUGACGAAGGAGUUCCUGGACAAAGCUAAGACAUACCUGGGAGAGGAUGGAAAGCGGGUGGGGAACUACCUCUGCUGUGGGCUGCAGGACUUUGUACCAGAGAGUGGACGCUAUGAUGUCAUCUGGAUUCAGUGGGUCAUUGGUCACCUGACGGACGAUCACCUGGUGGAGUUCCUGCGGCGCUGUCAGAAGGCGCUCCGACCGAACGGUCUCGUUGUGAUAAAGGACAAUGUUUCGUAUGAAGGCGUGGUCCCUGACGAGGUGGACAGCAGCGUGUGCAGAGACCUGGACAUCGUUCACAGUCUGGUGAGCAGGGCGGGUCUACGGAUCGUCCAUGAGGAGCAACAAAUGGACUUCCCGAAGGAGAUCUACCAAGUCCACACCCUGGCUCUCAGAUAGAGGACUGAGGGGGGUCAACGAAGGGGGUGACGUUUGCAGCCGUACUCUGCUGUCUGCCUGUUUCUGCAUCUUGAUGACGCGUACAGGAGGAACUCUUAUAUCUACCCAGAGCUCUGUUUGACAUAUAUAUGACGUCUUAAUGACUGAUAGGUACACGGCGUAUAAAGUGUUCUGACAGCGUGAUCAAAACCAGACUUUCUGACCGACUCCAGCCACCAAAGACAUUGGAUUUCUCCUUCAUUUAGCACAAAAAUCCUCCCUUCAAGUUCUCUCUUUGAGGCCACCAGACUCCUUUUUAAAACAGUUUCUCCUUCUUAAGCUGCUGUCCAUGCACCGCCUUGUUACCUUUGAAAACGCAGCACAAUAGCUUUAAAAAAAAAAAGGCACAAAUUGAGGUCACAAGAGGUCCCUAGAGGUCAGCGACUCAAGAACCUACUUGGUAAAAUCACAGUUUUAUGAAGGGAGUCUGGUGUGUUUGUAGAGAGUGAUGUAACAUCUGUUUCUGAUUAUAAACAUCAUCCUCCUCUUCCUCCUAAAGAUCUCUCUCUGCAGGGAUUUCUCCUCCUUCUAUUGUCAGACUCUUGGAGCCUGUCAGGGACAAAAACAAGAACUGUUAGAGGAAAGAUGGAGACGAUUGAGCUGUGUUUGUUUUUGUCUGCAGGAUAACUUAACACCCAUCAGUCAUUAAGACUCCAAAAUAUGUCAGUAAGGUUUAAACUCACAGGUAACGUUCAGCAACCAUCAGAAGUCUCAUUUUGGCAUCAUGUCGUCACCACACUACACCUGCGGCAUCACUCUGAACGACAGUUUGUUUAUUUAUUCCACACGUGUGAAGUGUGGCGUCCUGUUCUGUAUCUACGUGUGAUCGAUCAUUGGACUGAAGGAACCUGAAAGCAACAAGCCAUUGCCAAGAUGUUUUGCUGAUCAUGGUUUUAAUUCGAGGUGUUUCUGAAAAUAUGUGUACCUGCAGAACCUGAGUCUGAUAUUUUAAAUCUCUGCUGAAUUUCUAAAAUCAUCUCGACUGAAACACUGAAGUUAAAAAGAUGAGUUUUAUAACCUGAUGUGAUUCUUAUGACACAGAUGAUUUUAACUGGUAAACAUGAGACGAGGCGAGAAAUGAUCAAUCAACAAUCUGAUGUCUUUAAAUCAUUGUUUAUUAAUAAUUACAUUUCACUUUAUCAAUCA